CCAAAAAAACAUGUCAAAUAGAUUUUUGCAAUUUCUUCGCGAAUUUAAUUUUGCUUUGUUAAUUUUACUUGUAUAUUAUAAGUGAACUUUGUGUAUUAGCUAACGUACCUAACGAGUAUUUAAUUUUGUGUUCAAUAAUAUUUACCUUUACAAAGUUCGGCUUACAGAGCCGAAAUUUUCAUCGCAAGAUUUCAAAUAAAAUAAUAAUUAAGUUCAUGAAAAUGUUGGGUCGAAAACAAAGCCUAAAAGGGGAACCGGUACUAGCAGACUACGGUCCCGAAGAAUCUCUAAAUGAGAGCGCAGACAUAGAAUGGGUCAAUAAGUUAUGGGUUAGAAGAAUACUAAGACUAUGUGCUUUAUUAAGUUUAAUGUCAGUAUCACUGAACACUCCAAAAUCAUUUGAAAAAUAUCCUUCACUUCAAACAAUAACAUUUGCUGUAGACUGCAGCGUUACACUUUUGUUUACUGCUGAAAUGAUAGCCAAGAUGCAUAUAAGAGGAAUUCUAAAGGGAGAUGUGGCUUAUUUGAAAGACCACUGGUGUCAAUUUGAUGCUUCAAUGGUAUUCUUUCUUUGGGUGUCAGUUCUCUUGCAAAUGUUUGAGCUGACAGGCAUAGUACCCAGAUACAGCUACCUAAGUAUUCUCAGAGCACCCAGGCCACUCAUCAUGAUUCGUUUUUUGAGAGUAUUCUUAAAAUUCUCCAUGCCAAAAUCUAGAAUCAAUCAGAUAUUCAAGAGAUCAAGUCAACAGAUCUACAAUGUGACCCUGUUCUUCCUAUUCUUCAUGUCACUAUACAGUUUGCUAGGAGUACAGUUCUUUGGAGAAUUGACUCACCAUUGUGUUCGAAAUGACACUAACCCAUAUGAAAUCACAAUAAAUUCCUUAGCUAUCCCAGACACAUUCUGUUCACCCGACCCAGAUUCUGGAUAUCAAUGUCCACCUGGAAUGAAGUGCAUGAAGCUUAACUUGUCCAAAUAUGUAAUGGGAUUCAAUGGGUUUGAAGAGUUCACAACAAGCCUUUUCACUGUGUACCAAGCGUCUUCACAAGAAGGUUGGGUCUUUAUAAUGUAUCGGGCUAUUGACUCCCUACCAACAUGGAGAUCAGCUUUGUACUUCAGCACGAUGAUCUUCUUCUUAGCCUGGCUUGUGAAGAAUGUUUUCAUUGCUGUAAUCACAGAAACAUUCAAUGAGAUAAGAGUACAGUUCCAACAAAUGUGGGGUGUCCGGAACCCUAUCACUAAAGGCAGCACUACACAGUUUUUUACUGGCGAUGACAAUGGUUGGAAGUUGGUUACUAUUGAUGAAAACAAACACUCAGGCAGUGCACCAGAAAUAUUCCACAAGUUGUUACGAUCUGCAUAUUUCCGACUGUUAGUCAUGGGGGUAGUAUUAGCAAAUGGAAUAAUAACAGCUACGAUGAACUUCAAACAUGAUGACAAUCCUCGAGAAUUCUUUUAUGAGAAAUAUUACUACAUAGAAAUUGCUUUCACAAUAUUCUUGGAUUUGGAGGCUCUGAUAAAAAUAUGGUGUCUAGGCCUGAAGGGCUAUUUCAAGCACUCUGUCCACAAGUUUGAGUUACUUCUGGGUAUUGGUACUACUAUCCAUAUAAUACCUCAGCUGUACAUGUCGGGAUUUACGUAUUUUCAGGUACUUCGAAUAGUAAGACUGAUAAAAGCUUCCCCAUUAUUAGAAGGAUUUGUCUACAAAAUUUUUGGUCCAGGAAAGAAACUCGGCAGCCUGAUUAUAUUCACUAUGUGUUUGCUUAUCAUAAGCUCUUCCAUUUCAAUGCAACUAUUUUGUUUCUUGUGCGAGUUCACUAAAUUUGAAACAUUUGAUGAGGCAUUCAUGUCUAUGUUCCAAAUUCUAACUCAAGAAGCAUGGGUGGAGGUGAUGGACGAAACUAUGGUUCGCACAAGCCAAACAUUGACACCGCUGGUUGCCAUUUAUUUUAUACUUUACCACCUUUUCGUCACAUUGAUUGUGCUGUCACUUUUCGUAGCUGUAAUCUUAGACAAUUUGGAAUUGGAUGAAGAUAUAAAGAAACUUAAACAACUCCGGUAUCGCCAGCAAAGUGCUGAAAUCAAAGAAAGUCUACCAUUUCGUUUGAGAAUAUUUGAAAAGUUUCCUGACAGCCCACAAAUGACUAAGCUGCAUAAGGUCCCGGGGGAUUUUAAUCUACCUAAGGUCCGCGAGUCGUUUAUGCGACAGUUUGUGUGCGAAGUGGAGGGCGAGGAGGAGGUAGGCGCGGCGGGUGGGGGGGAUGUGUCGCGUCGAGCCUUCGAGUACAUCGGUGUAGCCAAGAUCGCGUUCCCGUACCGCAAGCGUUGCCUUGUGAAGACCCUCGUCGUGGCCCCGCCGUCCCAGAGACCGAGCUCUGCACUGCGCAGACAUGUUGUCAGCUCCAUCAUUGAGGAUUCAAAUAAUCACAGACCUUUACUGGGUGAUUCAGCUAUGUUAGCAACUGGAGGCAAGUCUGGUCUGAAGCCUCAAGGUACAAUAUCAAGCGCAAAACAACUACGAGUCGACCAAAAGAAGUUUGGGUCGCGCUCGAUAAGGCGGUCGGUGCGGAGCGGGUCUAUCAAGUUAAAGCAAACAUAUGAACAUUUGCUGGAAAAUGGCGAUAUUGGUGCGGCCUCGCGAGUCGUGCCGUCCUCACGAGCUCGUCCGCCAUACCUCGACAUACGACUACUGCAGGCCAAGAGACAGCAAGCUGAGAUGAGAAGAAAUCAACGAGAAGAGGAUCUACGUGAAAAUCAUCCAUUGUUCGACACACCACUGCUGAUAGUACCGCGAGAGUCUCGCUUCAGGAAAAUAUGUCGCGCCAUAGUGGACGCGCGAUACGACGCUAGACUACGAGACCCUGUCACUGGCAAUGAGAGAAAAGUUCACUAUAAAAGUUUCCAUAAUUUCCUGGGACUUGUGACGUAUAUGGACUGGGUUAUGAUUAUGGUUACCACACUCUCUUGCUUGUCCAUGAUGUUCGAGACGCCAACGUACAGAGUUAUGGAAAACUUUGUGCUGCAGAUUGCAGAAUACGGAUUCGUAAUUUUCAUGAGCUUAGAACUGGCGUUGAAAAUUCUGGCAGAUGGACUGUUCUUCACACCUAAGGCUUAUCUCAAAGAUGCAGCAGCCGUACUAGACGUCUUUAUCUACAUCGUGUCGCUUACGUUCCUAUGUUGGAUGCCAGUGAAAGUACCUCCCGGGUCCCCGGCCCAGAUGUUGAUGAUACUGCGGUGUGUCCGUCCGCUACGUAUCUUCACCCUAGUACCACACAUGCGUAAAGUUGUCUACGAGCUGUGUCGCGGCUUCAAAGAGAUUUUGCUCGUAUCAACGCUUUUAAUUCUCUUGAUGUUUGUGUUUGCGAGCUAUGGGGUGCAACUAUAUGGCGGAAGAUUGGCGCGGUGCAACGACCCUACUAUAACAAAACGCGAGGACUGUGUGGGCGUGUUCAUGCGUCGAGUGUUCGUCACGAAGAUGAAGAUCCGACCCGGACCUAACGAGACCUUCCCUUCCAUGCUUGUACCUCGAGUCUGGGCAAAUCCGAAACGAUUCAACUUCGACAACAUUGGUGAUGCGCUCCUAACAUUAUUUGAAGUGCUCUCGUUCAAAGGCUGGUUGGAUGUUCGAGAUGUAUUGAUCAAGGCUUUGGGACCGGUUCAUGCAAUCUACAUACACGUGUACAUAUUCUUGGGCUGCAUGAUUGGACUAACUCUGUUCGUCGGUGUGGUAAUUGCUAAUUACUCAGAAAACAAGGGAACUGCUCUCUUGACUGUCGACCAGCGACGUUGGUGUGACUUGAAAAAGAGAUUGAAAAUCGCUCAGCCGCUGCACUUGCCACCUCGUCCCAACAAAAGAAAAGUGCGAGCCUUUGCAUAUGACGUCACACAGAACUUGAGCUUCAAACGAGUGAUCGCCAUCGUGGUGCUUCUGAACAGUGGACUGUUAGCUGUCACGUGGUCUCGAUACUCGCCGUACACGGAGCAACUGGCGCUGACGUCAGCUCUGUUGACGCUAGUGUUUGUAGUAGAAGUGUUGCUGAAGACCAUCGCCUUCACUCCGCGCGGCUACUGGCAGAGUCGACGCAACCGAUACGAUCUGCUUGUCACUGUCGCAGGAUGUAUCUGGAUUUUUAUGCAUUUCACUUUAAAGAACGACUUGUCAUACUUCGUGGGUUUUAUGGUAGUUAUUCUCCGUUUCUUCACGAUAACGGGCAAACACACGACGCUGAAGAUGUUAAUGCUAACCGUCGGCGUGAGUGUGUGCAAGAGUUUCUUCAUCAUAUUCGGCAUGUUUCUGCUUGUUUUCUUCUACGCGCUCGCUGGGACUAUUGUAUUCGGGAAUGUCAAAUACGGCGAAGGUAUUGGCAGGCGUGCAAAUUUCAACUCGCCGAUUCACAGCGUGGCGAUGUUGUUCCGUAUAGUGACGGGCGAGGAUUGGAACAAGAUAAUGCACGACUGUAUGGUGGCGCCCCCUUACUGUACGCCCGCAGACAACUACUGGGAGACUGACUGCGGAAACUUUACCGCAUCACUAGCCUACUUCUGCACUUUCUACGUCAUCAUUACUUACAUCGUCCUUAACUUGCUUGUGGCUAUUAUCAUGGAGAACUUUUCACUGUUCUACUCGAACGAAGAAGAUGCUCUACUGUCUUACGCUGAUAUAAGAAACUUUCAAAAUACUUGGAAUGUGGUUGAUGUCCAUCAGAAAGGAGUUAUACCGGUUAGAAAGGUGAAAUUUAUAUUGCGCCUUCUAAAAGGUCGUUUAGAAUGUGACACCCACAAGGAGAGGCUGUUAUUUAAGUACAUGUGCUAUGAGCUCGAACGACUUCACAACGGCGAGGAUGUUACCUUCCACGAUGUCAUCAAUAUGCUCUCGUACCGCACGGUGGACAUCCGUAAGUCUCUGCAGAUGGAAGAAUUGUUGGCUAGAGAGGAGUUCGAGUUCCUGAUUGAGGAGGAGGUCGCCAAACAAACAAUACGAACGUGGCUUGAAGGCUGUUUAAAGAAAAUAAGAGCCAAUAGCAAACAACCAACGAAUAGUUUGAUCGCGGGCCUGAGAAAGACAAAUGAGCAAGCAGUUGACAGUUUGAGCAACGAGAAAGUUGACAAAGAGAAACUAGAAACAGAAGCUCAGCAAACAAUCGCUAAUGCAGGUCGCACAGAAAUAACGGAGUCCGCUUCACAACCAGUCAUAUCCAAUAUAUCAUCAUCGUUUGAUUCACAACCGAAAAGAUCUUCAACAAAAAGCCAAUUCAAAAGACCGGGUUUGCCAUCUGUUACGAUUCCGAGACCUGAGAGUCCGAUCAAAAAGUAUCUGCAACCAACUCUCAGUGAUCCACAUCCUGCUCUCAUAAAGAAGUCUUCAUGUAAGUGUGAGUGAUCCUAAUUUUUAUGCUAUUUUACCAAAGUCAAAGUUAUAAUCAUUUAUUUUAAUUAUAUAAGAGUUCUCUAGGGAAGCUAUUUACUCUUCCAAAAGUGUAUCGCAACUUUCCUUGGAUCUAACGUGUUGAAUGUGGUAAGUACUUAAUAUAUUAGCUAAAGUUGGACGAGGAAACAAUUCGCUUUAUUAUAACAGAUCAGUAAAAAGUUAUUUAUUUUUGCAUUUUUAAGUUACUCAACGCUUAAACUUUCCAAAGCAUCAUUCACACCAUAUUGCGAGCAAAUUGUAGUUUAUGGUACACUGUACAACGUCAUCCAAUUUUUAUGGUAUAUAAGGACAACAAGUAUACGGACCACCGAUUGUAUGUAUAAUGUAAAUCGGCACUGCCCAUGGACAUCCAAAUGGCAACACAAGUGCAUUGGCGGCUUUUAUAGGGGGGAAUUUUGUGUUCAGAUAAAUAGAUUUUUACAAAUGUAUAAGGUUCUAUGCGCCUAAUGUAAGUAUAAUG